AAAACAAAUACUAAACAAUGCCAACCACAUGUCCAUAUCAUUAUUUGACUCACUUGAAGUGCAACACUCAACACUGUGCUAUUAGAAAGAAGUAUCAUAGUAUUGAAAUCAUGGAUCAAAAGUACUUUUUCAUGUUGAAGGAAAUAUACGAAACUAAUCCUGCAAAGAGAAACCAAAUGAACAUUAUUCUAAAGGAAAAGUUUACACAAUUUUCUCCUAACGGUAUGAUUGCUCUCUAUGAAUCUAUCAUUGAAAUGAAGAGUGAAGGAGUUGUAUUCGAAACAUGUAAGAAACGAAAGUCAACAAUUACAGAAGUAUUGCUUCAAGUUGACCAAUACAAAAUUGAUAGAAAGCAAACUAAAUCUUCAACACUUUCAAAUAGCAAUUCCAAUUCAAUGCCAAAUACUCUUAAUACCACAUGUAAAUUUGUUCAAGAUUAUUCGAAUACUCAUUAUUCGAAUUACAGUAUUGAUCAACACGAAACUAAUCCACUAAAAAGAAGACUCUGUGCUUCUACCUCACCAUACUCCUCUAACGAAUCCUACUCAGCUGUUUCUUCUCAUUCUGCCUCCUCUACAUCUCCAACUUUAACUCAAAAGAAACGAAAGUUUUCUCCAAGCACAUGUCCUCCUUCGAAUAAUGUAUUUGAAACCUUUACUCAUUAUUCCACCUCCUCUGUCGAUACAACACAUUCUGUACACUAUAACUUGCCACAAUUUAAUCAAAUUGUUCCAUUCAAAUCAUUUGCUAAUCAAACACAACUACAAUUACAACAUCAACAAUCAUUGAAUUCAUCACAGAAACUUCCUUCAAUGAGAGAAUUGAUGAAUUCAAUCAUGUAUUCUUCGACAGAUGGUUCUUCAUUGCUGUUAAAGAAAGUUUUUGAAUAGUAAAGUUUAUCUUUUAUUC